AUACACCUUGGAGAAGAUACAGAACGAAUCAUGUGGCAUCCCUGAGUUGAAUAUUAAAUACCGCUUGUUUGUUUUGCUAUCUAAAUUCGUAUGUCUGAUGUGUUGGCGAUUCUCCGAAAAAAGUUUUCUUGUUAUGGUAGCACUAUAAAUAUUCGUUUAAAUUGUUCGUACAAAGCGUGACAUGGCUAAUGCAACUAAUCUAUUAAAUAUUGAUGUAAACAAAUUGUUUGAAGAAUGCAGUAUCACGGAAAUCGAUCAAGUGCACAAGCGGCUCCAAGCAGAAGUGGAACUCAAACGGGAAGAGCUUCGAACCAUGGUUGGAGAGCGCUACCGAGACCUUCUGAACGCGGCCGAUACAAUAGGUGAAAUGAAAACGACUGCAUGCUAUGUCAUUGAAAACGUUCACAACAUAACUACGGCCUGUCGGAAUCUUAACGAUCACCAACUAAUUGGGUUUCGAUCAAUGGGAGCCGAUCAACACCAACAAGUGAGGAAAGCGAAUAAUCAUAAAUUUUAUGGAGUGAUUGUGCAGAUCAAAUUAUUGACUGGCUUACCGGAAAUGAUAUGGAGUGCUAUAGACGACGAUGAUUACUCGGUGGCUACGCAGCUUUUCAUCUUUUCGAGACAUAUCUCAACCGGCUUACAACUCGAUUCUCACAGUGAGACAAUGCAGAAAUUUCCUGUCGCGAAGAAACAAUGGGCAGUACUCAGUCAAUUUUUCUUCACUAUUAAACAGAAUUGUGCCGAUUGUCUGGAACGUGAAGACCUGACCCCAGAGGUCGCCGCAAAAUGUUUGACUAGCCUCUUGUUACUUGAAAACGGUCAAGUAGAUCAUAUGCUAGAUCUGUUUGUACAGAUGCGCCUGAAGGCAUUUAAUUCAGUACUUUUUGACGAUUCUAGACACGAAAAGGUAAAGGACAAAAUCCUGGCAAGUAUCAAAUUGUUAUUGAAUACCAUAGAGUUGAUUUAUAAAUGCUUUAUUGGCGACGAACAAGAAGAAGGACUUCUCAUGAAGGAACUAUACUCGGUUACUGGGGAAAAUUCCCAACCAACAAUCAAUUUGAUAAAAUCAGAGGAUCCUAAAAUGAUUCAAACACUCCCGGAUAUAAUUAGUAGAUUUCGUCCGAGGGUACAAAUAAAUCCGCUUAGUGCGGAAUUGGUGGGGAAAAGCUGCCGUCAUUGGCUCCAGAAUGUAGAACGCAUUGCUACAAACAAGCUAACCAAUUUGAUGAAUUUGGUUCCAACGAUAAAAGUACUGCACGAUAUAAAAAAACUAUCGAAAGACAUCGCUGGAAAGCCUGAUAACUGGGUAGAGAUUUGUCAAAAGCUCUCUCUGCCGGUAUCACUCGAUUUUUACAAUCUUUUCUAUCAACCGCUUAUAAACUCUCGUAUUAAGUCCAUUAUCCAAAAGAGUUGGUCAGAAAUCGUCAAAGACACAUGUGCAGAUGUAUUCAUCUUACUCAAAUCGGCUCCGAACGAUAAAACAUUAAAAGACCUACACCAAUUCGUGUGGUCCGAAACUCUAGAGGAUAUCCCUUUGAACCUAAAAAGUGUUCUAGAUCACUCCAAUCCAACUUCCCAUAAACUGUUGAUGAAAUCGCGAGCAUUUCCAUUGUCACUGGUUGAGCAUGUUUCUUCAUUAGAUGCGCGUGUUAAAGUACUAUCCAAGGGAGUGCGCUCUUUCCUGGAGACUUCUAGCGCGGGGGAGAAGGAACAGCUGGUAGAAUAUUACAGCGAUUGCAGCGUUGAAGGCAUCACACAGCUGAUAACUUCUAUCAAAUCAGCUAAUUAUAAACAAACAACGGAAAACUACAUUCUUCUUUCGCGAAUAUUAAUCACAUAUAAAGAACUGUGCCCUUCACUGAAGCAUUGCCUGACGCCAUUGCUCUUAGUUCAGUUGGAAACCAUUGCACCAUGGGGAAAUGAUAACAAUUUAUCAGAUUUUGAGAAUGCUUCCGACAAUCGAACCGAUCGUUGGAGUCGUAUUGCUGGACUGUUUGACGAGGAAAGCUUGCGAUAUUGGAACCAAUGGCUAGAGGAGUUCGUGAAGAAAUGGCCUUCGUUAGAGAAAGAUAUUGGUUUCCAUACUUUGCUGACUGAGUUCCCGCUCUGGGAUACGGUGAGCAUAGAAGAAAACGACGAACAGAAUAAACCUGUGCAAUCCACGAUUCGAGUACCCGCGCUACCAAGCUUUCCGUUGCAAAAAUUGCUUCAUGUCGUCGUUUCACUCCUCAACUCGUUGGUCCCGCAUACAAUUCCAAAGUUAAUCAUCGUUCAAAUCGUGAAUCGAAUUAAUACCUAUGUACACAGUCACUAUGAAUAUCUCGCAAUGUGUGAAUUCGUUCAGAAAAACCAAAACUGCGCUCUACAGUACUAUUUCGAUGUUAAAUUUGUACAAUUACUGUUCGCCAGUCGCGAGAAGCGACAACCGGCCGACAGCUAUAGUAAGUUGACCAGCAGUUUCAAAAGCUACAUCGACCCAUUCGAUUUCGAUGUGUUCCACCCCCAUGUGAUUUUGAACGUAAAGCGGGCCGUGCAACGAAUGCAACAAUUUUUUGGUGUGUUGUUGGUCAACAGUGAACAGCUGAGUUCGAUCCUAGUGAGUGGCAAUACAUCGGCUGCCGGUGCUGGUUCAAAGUUGGGUCAAGAUAAAAAUCCCAAUAUUCUAGCGCUAAGUUCUAACAGCAGUAGCGAAACGUGGUUCCCGCUGCUUCCAAUUGUAACAAAAGAGACAUCGACGGUCGGUGGGGCCACUGUGGAGAUGAUAAAAACGGUACAACCUUCUUAUGGCAAGAACCCUAAGGUACCUACCAAGGAAAUCCCAACCAGCAAACCGAGAGAACCAAUUGCAUCAUCCACGGUAACGGCCCAAAAUUACGCAAAAGGAGCAGCAGCUUUUUUUGGUCUGGACAAGGAUUGGUUCAGAUAGGAAGUAAUAUCACAACACAGGUACUGUAGUCACCGAACGUACUGUUUAAUACUAUUACGUCUUUUUAUUCGUUCUUUCACCUAAUUUUAAAGCCUCUUAAGAUAAUACACAAAUUAAAUACAAAAAUAACAAUAAUUUGUUUGUUCCAAAAAAAUAGUAGUCUCAAAUUUCACAGUCCAAUUUAUCGUUUUCGGAAAGACGUUAGUUUCGGGUGCUGCCCGGGGAAAGGAUUGAAGCUGGCAAUGCCACCGUCGCUACUUUUUAUUGCCACCCUUUUUUCCUCCUUUGUCUCCUCCCUUACCGCCAGCGCCACCUUUAUUUUCAUUUCCACCCUUCGGUUUCCCUCCUCCGCCACCUUUUUGCUGAAA